AAAACAUGAAAAUUCCUGAUUGAUCAGUAUCGCUUCACAUCUAAGUUCAUUAUACAGGCAAACCAAGUUAUCCACACAAAAAUCAUCAAAUAUCAAACAGAUAUAUUGAACCAGAGUCAUACGAUUGAAACAUGAGAGAUGAACCAAAGUUCCAGAACUAGAUCAAUUUCACAACAUUUACAAUCAAAAUUGUCCCUUGUAUAACCCCAUCACUCGUCUCACCACGAUUCUAAAAUCCAUUGGCUAGCCAAGUUCAAAAUAAAUCCUAGGUAUUUACUUAAACCUAGGCUCGGAUAUCACAAAAUCUUAAUCAAACCUAAGCUCUGAUACCACUAAAUCUGUCACGCCCCAAAACCCGAAUUCGAGGCGCGACAGACGCCGUGCACUUGUGAGAAGAUCCCACAAAUGCGCAAGGCUCGGAACUUAUCCAAUUCACAUCUGACAAUUUAAUAACUUAAAUAAGAUAAUUCAAUAAUUCUAUGUCCAACAUGACUUAAACUUAAAAUCACAAGGUAAAAUCUUUCUUACAAAAAACAUGAUUUAUUUCUAAAAUUAUAUCAAUCUCGAAAUGGCUAGCCUUCUAACUCGUCACUUCCCGUGGUUUCCCCGUCCUCGGUUUCUCUUCCUGAAAUGGUGGACAAGGAAAAACUAUGAGAUAAACUCAGUAAGUAAAAAUGGAUAGCCCUUGGGUAAAAUUUUAGCAUGCUUGAUAAACAAUUUAACAUAACAAAACAUUCCAUGAUAAACCGUUAAUACAAAAUCAAAUUCAGUUCAGUAGCAAGCGUUCAAUGACAAACCGUUUAUUUAAACUCAUAGCAUGCCAACAAGUGUAAUUACGAAAACGGAUACAGUGCGGGAACGAAAUAGACGUCUCCUCAAUAGGUCAUGGCCAAUGUUUAAACCUCCCACUGGCAGGCUACAAUAUUUGCUGGUGUUUAACCCCCACUAGCAGGGUCAGUAUUUGCUGGUGUAUAACCCCCACUAGCAGGGUCAGUCGAACGAACCGGUCCUAUCAAUAACAUGUCGACAUGUGCUAGCGUUUAACCCCCACUAGCAGGGUCAGUAAUAACAUAACCACAUCGGAGACAAAACAGGCAGAAGUCAACAGAAAAUCAUUCUUUACAAAUAACUUUCAGAUCAUCAGGGCAGUUCAAUAAGUUUCAAAUAGGCAUGCUCUACUUCAGAAAAACAGUGAAAUUCUCAUUUUCAUUUCAAUCACGCUCAAUUCUAGAAAACAAUGGAAUUCCCCUUUUUAUUUCAGAAAAUAAUACUUUCCAUAAAAAUCAUCACAAUUUUCAUUUCAGUUAAAUCACACUCAGAUGUCGAUAAAAUCAAUUUAAACCUUGCCACCAUCUCAAAAACAAUUUAAAACAUGCUUUACAAUCGAAGGGCUUUACCAUAAUUUACUUACCUCA